AUGUUCUGUCUCCAUCGUGCGCUACCGAGCUACCCCACUAUCGCACGACAUAACCCAAUACCCAACAGUCUGGUUGAAUCCCUCACCGCGAGCCUUAACCUCAAGAUGUCUAACUCGGACAUACCUCUUGCAUCAUCAUCGUCGUCACCUCAAUCCUCGAAAGAACGCUCUCCCACGAAAAGGACUAGAAAACUUCCUGUCGAGAUUCCUCUGUGUGAAAAACUGGAAUCUCUCCAGAGGAUUCAUCUGGGCUGUCCUCGUUCCACAAUCGCCCAGGAGCUCGGUAUUGACGUAUCGACGAUAAAUGGUUGGGUAAAGAAUGAAAAUGCUAUUCAGAAAUGGGCGGCUGAGCACAAUGGCGUCAUGCCGAGGACCGCAAAGAGGAUCAAAAAAUCACCUCACGAGCUGAUAGACAGAGCAAUGUGGCUGUGGCACAGAGAGCGCAGCGCAGCUGGAGGCAUCUUCACCGGGCAUGGCACCCAGAUUCAGGCCCUUAUUUUCUGGAAUCAACUCAACAUGAGGUCAAAAUUUUCGGCAAGUGACGAGUGGUUGGCGAGGUGGCAAAGACGUUAUGGGGUCGAACUCAUGACGCAGCGAACGCCGAGAGCUGCAACUAGCGCCCCCUGGCACGCCGAUCAGCCAACGGGAGAUGAGUUGAGUGUGGACGAGUAUAAAGCUCAAUUCGCUCAGACGAUGGCAGCGGAGGGACUAACAGCCGAUCAGGUGUUCUUUUGCGACGUGAUCGGUUUGAACUGUCGACAACUGCCUGAGCUCGUGAGGAAAGUGGCCGGUUCGCCGGACGGUCACCGCCAGACGCAAAUGAAGGAGAGGGUCACCCUGAUGGCCUGCAGCAAUGCCUCUGGCACCUGGAAACUUCCCCUGGUGGUCGUGGGCAAGUGCUCCGAGCCCAGCGCUAUGAACGAUAUUGGGGAAAUCCCUGUGUGGUACAGGAGUCAGGUGAGCGCGUAUGUGACUGUACGUUUCUUCAGGGACUGGUUCAACAAAGAGUUUUACCCGAGUGUGAAAGAGUUCCUGAUCUCCAAGGGCAUUCCCCCACAGGCUAUUCUCUACAUGAACAAUUGUCUGUCCUUGCCACAAAAGAUGAAGAAGCAGAAAAUCAGGGUGGAGUUUCUUCCACACCAUGUUGCUGCUUGGCUGCAGACUUUUGAUAGGGGAUGGUUGAAAGAUCUCAAGGUCUCAUAUCGCCAGCAGCUCAUGAAAUUUAUUAUAACUAGAAUUAAUGCUGGUGACUCCCUGGACGAAGCUAUGAACAAUGUUUCUAUUAGGGAAGUCGUUUUCUGGACGGCUAUGAGCUGGAACCAACUGCCGAUCAAGAUGAUGGUCGAAUCGUGGAAGCCGCUCUGGCCCGAAAUAUCCACCCCUAAUCCUGCCCAUCUGCCUGUGGAACUCUUUGAAAAUUGGCAAGAAGUUCUAGGGAAAGAAGAAGAAUACGAAACAAAACACAGCGACAGUGGACCAUUUCACCGAAAGGACAUAGCCCUGACAAGUGAAUUCUGCGAUGCCCUCAGCAGAACUAACGCAUACCAAAGUAUAAAUAUCGUGGACAUUGAGAAAUGGUUGUACCCGAAAACAAAGAUCACUGAAGAUGAGUGCCUGAGCAAGGAUGAGAUUAUGCAAAUCACGUGGGAGGACAAUGACACGAAUCUGGAAAUUGAAGCGGAACCAGCCUAUCUCGCUGACGAGCCGCAAUUCUCUCCGGUUGAAGCUCAAGACAGUCUGAAUAAAGUCAUUGAAUACUGCUCGUCAAAUCCCCAUUAUUCCACGCAACAGAGAUUAUCCUUGAUCGCCAUUCGGACUAUCAUGCAGACUGAGAUGAUGACAAUUAAUCCGGCGACUACACCAGUUGUUCAUGAACGUCUACCGAGGAUGAUGAGGAAUGACUUUAGUCUGCGUUAAUUAAUCUUCUCGUCGUUCUAGGGAAAUGAAGAUAUGAAGAGACAACAUGUGCCAUUCUACUGUAAAUAGUAUUGUUAAAUAAUUUUUAAUACGAUGGACCACUGUGUAAAUACCGAAAAAGAACACAAAAGCUCUGAAUGUACAUAGAGAAAUGGAGGUGAGGAGUGUUUUACUCCACAGAAUGGUAUUUUUAAAAAUUUUGGAAGAUUUUCGAAACAUAUUUUGCUGAUUAAAUAAAUAAUUUUCUACUGUGUGACCCAA